AAUAAUUUUGACAGUUUACCCCUAUCAGGCCACGCCCUAUUCGUCUGUGCUGCCCGCCGAUUGGGCGAGGAAUUCAGCCCGAGCCCUGAUUGGUCAAUUCCCCUAGGUUUCCCUCAGAACUGCAAGACGCCGAUAUUGCGUUACAUUGUAGCAAAAUGGCGGCUGUCAUUCAGAAUCCACUAAAAGCGUUGGGUGACCAGUUCUACAAGGAGGCCAUUGAGCAGUGCCGCAGCUACAAUGCCCGUCUAUGCGCUGAGCGCAGCGUUCGCCUGCCAUUCCUGGACUCGCAAACAGGCGUAGCCCAGAACAACUGCUACAUCUGGAUGGAGAGGCACCACCGCAGCCCAGGUGUGUCGGCGGGGCAGAUGUACACAUACCCCGCUCGCUGCUGGAGAAAGAAGAGACGACUGCACAAUGCCACAGAUCCUCCUCUGGGCAUCUACGGCCUCCACCUGGAUGGCAGCCUCAUGUCAAAGGAUUCCUUGCCGGCUCAGAGCACCACACUGGAGGCUCUGCUGCGGGGCGAUGCCAAAAAUGACGAGGAGAGUCUGCUGGAGAUCCAGAGAGUUCUGGAGGCCGACGCAGCAGAAGACGCCUUUAAUGAUGAUGACGACUAUGAGGUGGACACUCCCAGGAGGAGACAUCGGGGAAAAGGAAGAGGUCGGGGUUCAGGACGCAGGAAGGCUGACCUCGACGAUGAUAAGCCAUAUGUCUGUGACAACAGAUACAAACAAAAGCAGAACUCCAAGUCUACACCCUCAGUUUGUGCAAAGCGCUACAGGAACCGUACGGGACUAAGUUACCACUACACCCAUUCCCACCUGGCGGAGGAGGACCGAGCUGGAGAAAUUAAUACGAUGGCGACCAGAUCCCCCUCCACGCCGCAGUCUGACAGACAAAAACGUCCAAAGGGUCCAGGUGGGACUGGCAUUCCCAGCAACUACUGUAACAAAUGCCAAGGCCUAAAAAAUCCAAUGGGUAAAUCUGGGUCUCGCUACUCCACCUGCCAAUGCACAAUGGACUGCGGUGAGGAGAAGGAAGACGGGACUUUCACUGGAGCUGAAGAGUUGUUCGGCACCACCUCGGAGAGUGACACCUCCACCUUCCACGGCUUCGAGGACGACGACCUAGAAGAGCCCGCUACAAACAGCAAUGGAAUUUCCAAUCGACACAGAUAGAGCAGAACCUUUUAAAUUUCAAGAGACAAUGUUUUUUUUUUUGUUUUGAUUUUUUUUUUGUUUUGUUUUGUUUUUUUAAUAUGGAUUAACCUCUGGCAAAAAAGAAUUUGCUGCUUAUUUUUCAAAAUUGUUUUUCUUUGCAGAAAGCACAAAGUGAUCAUUUCAGGACAGAAAUGCAAGUGGUAUUUUAUCUACUGAACAUUGUUUAAUUAUUUAUGGACACCAUUUUUAUAUAUAAAUAUAUAUAUAUUAACUUUAAAGGCAAGGAGCGACUCAGUGUUUGUUGACAAAUGACUUCAUGCCUUCAUGCAAAACUGAAGACAUUUUUGGAGGUUUUUUUUCUUCCUUUCCCUCACUGGAACAGAAGGACCUUUAACACAUGGAACAAAAAAAAAAACACUGGAGAAAUCAAAACAAUUGAAGAAGUGAAAUUUUUGAAGAUUUUUGGUUGAUUGAAUGUCACUGCAGAACCAUACUUGAGCUAAUAUUUGUGGGGUUUUUUUUUUUUUUAAUCAUUAGUGGCUUUUACCAUGAAGGACUGUUUUUUUCUGCUCUAACUUUGGAUCAGACUUGUAUUAAAAUGAAGGAACCAAUGAAAGAACUUUCAGAAGCCACUUGAAACAUUUGGUAACUCUAGGCUUCACAGGACGCAGGUGGACACGACUGGAGAACUCAGAACAUUGGCCCAGAGGCUGUGAUGACCAGUGAAAAAACGAAUGAGCCCUCCAACCCGCCCCCUCCCUGAAGUGGGGUCUGAAUCAAAAGUGACUGAAAUGGUGGAAGAAAAUCCUCCGAUCCCUCUGACCUCAAAGGUUCACUGAAGUAACCGCCCCCAUGACUCUUUGUAUCGAUCCCUUUGGAACAUUUGAUAUGUGACUACAUCCAGUUCCGUUCUGUCCUAGCUUGUACUCUGCUGGAGCACCACGGAAUAAUGGGAACGCUAAAGGCCGGGCCUUUGGACCGUUUGUGCCCGAGGGGAGGGGGGUACAUUUUGGGGCCCCCUGUUGGCCAAAGCAGCCCACUGUUGCUCACUCCUGCUCUGUGACUACUUGUCUGCUGUGUGAUCCGACGUGACACUAAGACAUCAUUAUCCUCAUCACUGUGCCAGAGUGCCGCUCUGCACUGGAAACCAGCUCUGACAGCCAUGACCCUGCAACCUGAUUGGACCUGUGACCCCCCCGUUACCCCGCCCCUGGCCCUUCCCCUCCCUUCAGCCAUAGAGAUGGUGCUCAUAUCCACCAUUUUUACUUGCAGACCUCUGGACUACUGUAGUAACACUCUGACAUGGACUCAAAGAUUUUCUGCUUCGGUCCCUCUGUCUGUUUGGGCUUUAUCUCCUACGUCUCCGUCAUCUCUGUACUGGGUUCUAAAGAGUUCUGCGGUCAGUAACUGGACUUCUUCUCGGAGCUUGAAAGAAACCCAAACUGAUGAAGUUCCUCAGUUGAGGAACGAAACGUCUUUCAAGCUCUAAGAAGAAGUCCAGUUGCUGACAACUCAACUCUCCGGAUAACAUGACUUGGACGAAUGAGAAUCUUCAAAGGCACUCUCUACUGGGUUGCAGUUAUAUAGAUAUUUUUCUGUUAGUGCUUUUUCUGGUGUAAAAUAUUUCUACAUUUUAAACUUUUUGAGUGAACUUAGUAUGACUGUUUUUUCCCCCCCCCAGACUGUAUUGAUACCUCUGUUCCGAUCAGGUGCACAAAGGCCUCAACUACUCAGGCAUCGUUCCUUUUCUCUGCUGUUGAUUGUUCAGCCACUCAGCCCUGAUUCAUGUGAUUGUAUUUUCUCAUCCAGACGGGACGGUAACGCCUCACAAGGAUUCCAUUACUAUUGCCUCCCCCACAU